AUGGCUGCUGUCGGUGUCAUCAACGCUCUCGACAGCUGGGCGUUUUGCCCCAUCCAGACCCCUCCUAUCCGGCCACGAUCGUGGAGAUUAGGCGGGGACUGGGAUUGCGGGCCAGCAUGGAUUGACGAGAUUUCUACCUUGAAAACCCAAUUAGCUCUUAUUGCGCGGACUUGGGUCGAACUGUGCGCUAGCUUGAAGGAAGCACAACGCAAUCCAAAUCGCCCGCGGCCGACUUCGAACACACUCAUCAUUCCUUGUAUUACGCCACAAUGGCCCCGCGCGCCGAAUCUUGAAGAAGACCCGCAUUACCCUGCUGAGCCCAGUGAUCCGACAGAUAGCGGUACAUUUGCAAGAAGGCAAAGGCUCGGAGAGGGGAGCCAACCUGCUAUCGACACAGCGCAGGCACAGGCACAGGUCAUUCCUAGCCCUUGCCCUUGCCCUCGGACCGAACGGAGAAACGACCCAGCAGUAGAUCCCACCGCGUUCUUCAAAAUCGACUUUACUAGCGACCACGGAUUUCGGCAAGCCGCCAGAAAGCAGAAAAAGAAGGCCACCAAUAACAGGCUCUACAACAGCAGUGGUGGUGCGGGUAGUGGCAACAACAACAGCAACAAUAGCCGACAAGACAGUGAAGAAGCGGGGGAUGUGAACGGCGGCGACACUGGUCGUGAUGCUCCAGGCGAUAAUCCGGGCAACCCUGGCGGAGACGGGGGAAACGGAGACGACGGCAAAAAGGACGAGGGAAAGGCCGGGGCGAAGAAGAGCAAAGAAACCAAGGACGAGAAGAAAGAUGAUGGAGAGAAACAGAGGGACAGAGAGUCUACUCACCCGACUAUUGCGGACUCGAAGACCGCUGAAUCGGCGUCGGUCAAUGCCAAUGGCGACAAGAUGAAAAAGGCCAAGGCGGAAGUUACCGCUGCGUCCUCUACUUCUGCUUUUGCUCUGCUACACGAACAGAAACCAUCCGCCCCUGACCCCCCAGCAGAGGAGCCAGCGCGUGGUAAAACCGACUCUCUCCAAAGCAUCAAGCUGGAUAACAGGUCCUCCUCUGACUUCCAUCACCAAGCGUUUGAGACGAAAAAGCAUCUAUUCGGUUGGAGUUCCAUCUUGACAAAUCCUUCUUCCCUGAUUUCCGCCGUCAUCAAGGGCACGGUGGAUGAUAAGCCAAAGUUUCAUGGCGUCGGGACCGACGACAGCCCCUGGAGCUCCAGCAGCAGCAAAAACAAAAAGAGCACCUUCUCAUCGUCUGGGUUCGGAGAGCCAGAUGACGACCCGAUCGAUAUGGAGCCCGCGAUUGACAAUGACCGGCGCUCCAGUAGUCGGCGGGAUAUUUCUGUGGGUCGGGAUAAUAAUAAUGACAAAAUGCGGGGCACUCUGGUGGAAGAACCAAAGAUCCAAAUCCCCCAGAAAGUUGCACCUUCGGAUCCCUGGGCUUUCUGGGGAGCUAACAAAAAGAGAACAACAAUAGCAACGGAGUCCUCAAAACCUUUCAAUACCAAACCUACAGAGCCAGUGCCCAAGCCCAAGCCCGCGGAACCAGUGCCGCAACCCGCAGAACCUGAACCCAGGCCUUUCCCUGAGCACUCUGCUAAAGCAGACUUGCUAUUGGACACGACAGCAAAGAAGAAGAAGAAGAAAGGUAAGAACGGAGCUGCUGACGAAGUUUCCAGGGACUCCGAGCCUGCCCCGCCUUCCGAUACGACUCCUGAGAAGAAAGAUGGCAAUGACGAGUUCUGUAAAAGCGCACCUUUUGUCCAAGACAAAAGGAAAGAGAGCACAGCAAGUCCAGGGGAGCAGCUCCAAUCUGCAGAGCAGACGAAGGCGGGUGAAAAAACAGUUGAGGGCAACUUUGUGGAGGAGGGGUUGACGUCCAAGCCAGACAAGAAAAAGAGGAAGAAAAGAGAGAGCAUCGUGGAAGAGAUCAGAGUCUCGGAACAGCCCCCUGCGCCGCCGCCCCCGCCAGCACCAGAACCGGCGACUCCUGUAGAGACAACGAGGGAAACGAAAGAGGAAUCUGAGAGCGGCAGCUGGUUCUGGUCCUAUGGCAAGAAGAAUAAGGAUGGCAAGAAGAAUACCUCAACGCCCAGCAUCGAGCCACUAGACGAUCCGAAUCCUGUUCCAGAGCCCGCCGCAGAGCCGCCACCACAGGCUCCAGACCCUCCGGCACCUGCAGAAGAGACAAAAGAGGAGUUCGAUAGUGCAUCUCUUUGGGAAUCCAGCAGAAAAGACAAGAAAGAUAAGAAGGACAAGAAAGACAAAAAGAAAAAGAAGAAGGACUACAUCGACGACACCGAGAAAACCAAGGACCCGCAACCUAAGCCAGAGCAGAUCUUAGAGCCAAUCCGCACUGCUGCGGAGGCACCACCGCCGGCUCCAGAGCCUCCAGCAACUCUAGAGGAGACAAAGGAAGAAUCUGAGAGCGGCUGGUCCUGGGGUACCCGUAGGACGGAAGGCAAGGAAAAGAAGAGUUCUUCCGUUGAUAAAGGGGAGAGCAAAGCCCCAGAAUUCACUCAGGAACCGGCCUCAGAGAAUGUUGACGAUACAAGCGAGUCAUGGGGCCUCUUUUGGCCACUCAGAGAUAAGAAUAAGAACAGGGCAAAAAGUCACGAGCCGGAGCAAGUGCCCGAACGUCAGCCGGUGUCAGAAGCACAACCAAACACGCAGCCAGCCGACCCCCCUGCUCCUGAACCGCAGCAGGAACUAGAGCCUGAAUUGGAGCUGCAACUGGAACGGGCAGAUGAUCUUUGGCCCGUUCCGGUACUCAGCAAGAAAGAAAAGAGGAAAAAGAAGAAGGCCGCUAGCGAAGUUUCCAGGACAGUAGAGCCAGAAACGACCUCGACUCUGGAAGCAAAGCCGGAACCAGAAGUGGUUGUUCAUGAGAAGGAGGACGACGGCUGGGCUGUGAGCGGGUCAAAAAAGGGUAAGACGAAGAAGAAGAACGCAAAGAAUAAGCCAGAUUUAAAAUGGGAACCCGAGACAGAAACCGCCAAGGAGACAGAAAAACGACCAGACCCAGAUCCUGAACCCGAAAUAAAAAAGGACGACAGCUCAAGUACGCGAUCUUCGUCCAAGAGAGACAAGGAAAAAAAGGAAGCGGAGAAGGAGGAAACUAGAAACAAGGACCAUAUUGAUCUAGGAGAUACACCCAAGUCUGCAGCCAAAGAUCCCGCCUCAUUGGACAACAAUGACUUUUUUAAGUCGUGGAAUAUUGGUUUUGAAGGCGCUGACGACAGAGCGAAUGAUGACGGCUGGGGUACAUGGGGAGACGAUGCGAUGGGAGAAGUCGAACUGAGAGCGGCCAAGGAAGAACUCGGCCAGUAUGCCGAAGAGGAGGAACGGAAAGCCCGCGAAGAGGAAGAGCAACGGCGACGGGAAGAGGAAGAGCGCUGGAUGAAAGAAGCCGAAGAUUUGGCGGAUGAAGAAAGAGAGCUUGCAAUCCUCAGAAAUAAAAAGAAAAAAAAGCUUACCAGCGCCGAUGUUCAGAGGAUAAAACAACUGAUAGCAAGCAUUGAGCGGCGAAAAGAAGCGAUCACAGCACACAAGGCCGAAGAGGCCGAAAGGAAGAGGCAGGAAGAGGAACGAGCUGCUAAGGAGGCCUUGGAACAGGCUGCCCGCAAGGCUGCAGAGACUGAAGCACGACGGCUUGCAGAAGAACAAGCCACCAGAGAGUCUGAGGAAGAGGCCGAACGCAAACGAAAAGCUGAGGCUUCCGAAGCACCUGCCGAAGCCGAAGUUAAGGCUGAAGCAAAAACCAAGAAAACCUUGACAGAAUUGGAGGAUUCGUCGGCAGAGCCUGAACCCGUGCCAGCACCCGAACCAGAGCCAACAUCUGAGCCUGCAGCUGAGCCAGAGCCCGACGCUGAGCCACAGACUCAAGAAGAGCCAGGAACAUCAGCAGAGCCUCAAGUACAUGUAGAACCGGAGCUUGCAACUGAGCCCGAACCAAUAAAAGAAGAGCCUGAGCUAGACGAAGUCCCAACCACCCAUAAGAAGAGCAAGAAAGACGAGAAGUCCAAGCAUAAGAGCAAGAGCAAAGAAAAGGAGAAGGAAAGGGAAAGGGAGAAAGAGAAAGAGAAGGAGAAGGAAAGGGAAAGGAAGGCAAAGGAGAAAGAGAAGAAAGAAAAGGAGAAGAAGGAAAAGGAAAGGAAGGAAAGGGAGAAGGAGAAAGAGAAGGAGAGGGAAAGGGAGAGACUAAAGGAAAAGGAGAAGAAGGAGAAGAAAAGGAGAAAAAGGAGAAGGAGAAAGAGAAGGAGAGGGAGAAGAAGGGAGAGCAGGCUGAGGAAAAACUUGAACAAGGAUGAGGCCCUCGACGCAGCGCAGGAGGAUGCCCCAGAACUGGCGAAGGUGGGAGUCAAAGAAGUGGCUGAAGUGCAGGCCGAGCAGGCGGCACUGGAGGAUGCAAAGGAAGGCACCAAGCAUGCCGGUAUUGAUGACGACGGCGGGUUCAAGGAUGUCAACCCCGUCGCCGAAGAAAUCGAUGAGCUUCUGGCCGAUCCGGCCGAAAAGGCCAAAGAGGAGAAACCAGCUCCAUUUACCACAAGCAUUUUCAGACAAGCAUUCGGAGUUGCAGGGGGAGACGCUUUUAGUUUUUGGGGACUUGGCAAAAAAUCGAGCACAAAGUCCAAAAAGAGCUCGACCUCAUCGUUACCUGAGGCACAUGAUGCCACCACCCCUCCCUUUCACUCGCCUGCUCCUACUCCCCCUCCCCCUCCUCAGCCAGCUGAGUCAUCCCAGCCCGGAGAUGCCACAGCCAGCGACCCUGGUCGUGUUACCGUAAACGAAGCCGCAAUGGCUGAAGAGGGCCGGGCGCCAGCACCGCGAGCUGACAUGGCCCAGCUCAAGAAGUGCAGAAGAAUGGUGGGCCAAAGGAUCGCCGAUCGUCUGUGCACUUUCCAGGACCUCGAGGACAAGAGCGAAGAUAGUGAAGACAGUGAUCAGAGCGAUAGCGAUAGUGACAACAGCGACAGUGAGAGCGACAGCAACAGCGACAAAGACACUCGCCGGAAAACAAAACAGGAAAAAAACAAGACGCCGGCCGAAACAUCAAGAUCAAGUCAGGUGCCACAAGCCUUGCCAAAAAUGGCUGACGACGACGUGCCUGGCGGUUUCCACUUCAGCGAGGACGAGCAUCGUGACGGCGAAAUGGAAUAUGCCCGCAGUGAGAAGGAUGAUGGGGCAAAGGAAAUAGCGCAGGACCGAGACCGAGACCGCGAUGAGAAACGAAGCAAGCAGGCUGCAAGCGGUUCUGAUAAUGGCGACGGCGAGAUCGCCAGCACUCCCGCCGUACCGCCGCCGCCUGCUGUUCCCGAUGCUCCCAUCACAGUCCCCCCUGCUGUAACUAACGCACCGCUGGCUGUCCCUGAUGCGCCGCCCAUGCUUGAGGCACCUCCUGUGCUCGAUGCGCCACCUGCCGUGCCCGAUGCCCCCUCCGUCAUGAGUCCUGUCACAAUUCGCGAGUCUAGAAAGGAGCGACCCAAGGUUCAUCGUGAUGGGUCAACGUCGUGGGGUAUGUGGACAGCAGCGACGCCAGCCAAGGAUUUAAAGAAGUCCUCGUCCAAGUCUAGGUAUAUCGAAAAGGAAGAGUCUAGCUCGAGGAAAAUGCCUGGCUCGCCAGAGAAGCCUGAAAGGACAUCAUCCAGAAGCUUGGACAAGACAGAGAAACCCCGUGUCAGGGAGUCUUUCAAAGAGACUCCUGCCCGACACCCCAACGUCCUCGCACGUUCAGCUUCCGCGCGGGAAAAACGGUACAGCAUGACGGGCAAGUUGAGUUCCCGGAGGCAUUCGGUCGAUGUCAACGGGGACGAUCAUUCCAGAUCUCCUCCCGAAGAAGUCUCUACUACGAAGGCCGCCAAAGUCUUUGGUGUGUCCUCAGGUGGCAUCGCUGCCCCUGGCCUUUCCAGAUCGGCUAGCAAGCGUGGGAAGAGGGUUGAGGAAGAAUAUUUGAUGGCCGGCGCAAUCAGGCGUACUCCCAGUCCGGACAGGAUGGAACUUGAACAUCACCGGCCAAAGGUGAGCCGCAUUCCCUUCACAUCUCACGAGUUACAUCCAAGCAGUACUAUGGGCUUAGUAGCUAACCCGAGCAUGCAUAUCCAGCAAUAUGUGCGAGAUGAUGACAUCGUCAUGCCCGACAUAGCAGACGCAACGCCCUCGAGGUCGCCUUUAAAGCGCUCCAGCUCGAACAGUAAAAAGCACUCCGGCUUCUCAUCUCUGCUCGGUGGUGUUUUCUAUCACAAGCCCAUGCCGGAGCCGCGUCCAGAGCCGCGCUCAGAGCCUCGUCGACGUUCCACUGCGUAUUGCACCACGGACGACGACUUGGGCAGGCCGGUGGAUGAAACAGAUGCAGAGCGGGAAGCACGCCGCGCCGCCCGUCGUGCCCGUCGAGCAGAGAAGGAAGCCAUGGAGAGGGCCGCUGCCGAGCGUGCCGCGGAAGAAGCUCACCGCACUAAGGAAGAAGCCCGUCGAGAACGGCGCAGGAGACUUGAAGAGGAAGAGGAGGCACGCCGCCAAGCCGAGAAGGAAGCCCGUCGCGCUGAGCGCCGGGCACAACGCUUGCAAGAAGCAGAAGAGCGUCGUCUGGCUGAGGAGCGUCGUCUGGCUGAGGAGCGUCGUCUGGCUGAAGAGCGUCGUCUCGCCAAAGAGCGUCGACUUGCCGAACAGCGGCGUCUUGUCGAGGAACAUCGUUUGGCCGAAGAACGCCGGCGUGCUGAGGAGCAGCGGCGUAUUAUGGAGGAAAAGGAAGCGAUUCGUGCUGAACGCAGGCGUCGCCGCGCCGAGCUUGAGGCGGCCAUGGCGGCCGAGGCCGAAGUUGAAGCGCGCCGUGCGACCAGGGAAAGGGAAAGCCGUCACGAGCGCCAUCGUAGCACCAGCCGUCACCGCCAUCACCAUCGCGACCGUGAACAUAACCAUCAUCAUCGCUACGCUGAAUAUUCCGAGUACGAGGAUGAAGAAGAGCGUCGUCGUCGUCGCGAGGCCCGGCGGGCGGCCCGAGAGGCCAGGGAACGCGAAGAGCGCCAUGCUAGGCGCAAGUCAGAACUUCUCGACGAGUACACAUACGGCCGGACGUCGCGUGAUAACCAUAAUACAGGCUCUUGGCCACAUUCAGGAACCGAUUCAUGGGUUAAGGAGCACUCGGACGCUCCCCCGCCGCCCGAUGAACCCAUGAUCGAAUCUGUCAUGAUGGAUCACUCUCCACCGAUGCCGGGACCCCCUCCCCCACCGCCCCAUCGAGUUAUGGAGGACCACAUGCCAGAGUAUGGUGACGAGGAAGCCCAUCGCGAGGUUCGUCGGGCCAGGCGCCGUACGGGGUAUGCUGAAGCUGAAGCAGCGGGUAAUGGCAUGACUCAGGAAGAGUAUGAUGAGGAAAGAAGGCGGAGGAGGAGGCGCGAGGAGAGAGAGCGUGAGCGUGAGAGGGAGAGGGAGAAAGAAAAGGGGAGGGAAAGGGAAAGGGAACGCUCAAGGUAUUACCGCGAAAAGGAUAGGCGUUACGGUGGGUCAGAUGGCAGUGAUGGUCGGAAAGGGGAUAGCAGGAGGGCUUCAUCCAAUUUAAUGGAUGCGGUUCCAACACCGAGGAGUUCAUGGUGGUCGCGGUUGACGGGUCGGGCAUAG